AUGCUACCACCACCCGCCGUCACCAACUUAUACCGGCGCCGCCACCCGUCGUGCCACCGCCGACCACCGCCACCAAACACCGGCGCCACCGCCACCAUCCGCCGCCGCAACCACCCCCUCCGCCACCGAACUUUGGCACCAACACCACCAUCAACCACUAAACAUCACCGACCAUCGCCACCACAAGCCACCACCGUCGCCACCCUCCGCCACCGAACAACGGCGCCACCACCGGCCACCACCACUCACACCGCCUACCUGCCACCACCACCCUUAGCCACAACAUUAGCACCAGUUCCGACCAUCGCCACCCUCCGCCACCGAACACCAACAUCAUUGCCGCCACAACCUACCACCGCCACUAACACCACCGCUGCCACCAACCGUCGCCGCCACCCACCGCCGCUAUCCACUACCGCCACCCAUCACCAAUUUUAUUCCUUCUUCUUUUCCUGCCUACCAAACACUACAAGGUAA